UCUCUGCUCUUUAUAGUACAGAGAACCGAGAGAUUAUACAGCAUCAUGGUAAAAAUUGAACGCAUCACGUAGCUUUCUAAUUGACGAUCGAAUUCUUAUCACAAAAAGGUUCCGUAAUGAGAGGUGCCUCUGUCUUCUGUCUGUCCCAGCGUAUAUUUAAACUGUUGACAGUGAUCUAAUUAAUGGAUCAUUUUCUUUUCGUGUGCUCUGUCACAGUUAAAGAAUAGAACUAACACAAAUCCCGGAUCCAUGGCAGUCAAUGGUUUGUACUGGGCCGUGUCGUAUGUCAUGUAGACUUACCGCAUUCUGUCCGUGUCUCGGCUGAAGUCAACUCGAUUACAAAACUUGAUACCGUAUCACGGACAAAAUGAAUAAUAUAUAAUAAGUGACAUCCGGGGAAUUGAAAUCUUUGGAAAUAUUCGUGUAUAAAACUUAGUUAGAACUAUUCUCAAGAUGACACGUAAAAUAAGGUUUAAAAAUCGAAAAUUCACUCACAAUAACAGUGUAUUUAAAGAAACAGUGUCACAAGAUGUCCUUAUGCAUAAUUAAUGUCUUCCUAACUAUCGGAAAUGUUUAAAAACACAGUUGCACGGGUAUUUAUCAUUCAGCGCCCAUGCCCUUUGAGUGUCGACUUUUUCAUGAAUCGCCGUGGUAACUUUGUGUGAGAUUUCUAAUUUACGGGAUUGUUUUAGUGAUUAGGAUUAUGCUGGGAUAAAAUGGGAUGCGGGACUUCGCUGGACAGACAUUCUUCGUCAUCUGACCACUUUCCCACCCCCUGCCGAUUGGACUUGACCUCGAGACAGCAAGAACUGAUUCGCUUUAGCUGGGACCUCAUCCAAAAGGACAUGCUGGUCACGGGACUGGAAAUAUACGCCAAUUUUCUGAAGAAUUUAGAAUCCGAAAUUCUCCUACUGUUUCCAAAAAUUAUCCAGACAGACGAAAACAAUGAGAAACUGACAGUACACGAGGAAAACCUCCAGCAUCACGUGAUGAUCGUCAUGAAGGGCAUUGGGAAAGUCGUGGAUAACCUUGACAAUGUCACACUAAUCCACAGCUUCCUUAGUUAUGUUGGUCAAAGGCACGUGCAAAGUAACGUCAAACCUCACAUGCUUGAGAGACUCUGGCCGUCCAUUGAUGACAGCUUCCGGGCGGUCUUACAGGAUGUGUACACCCCCGAUGUUCGGUCGGCAUGGAAAUGUGUUGUGGACUUCAUGAUCGAGAAAAUCGCGGAAACGAUGGAGGAGGCGGAAAAGAAGCAGGAUUUCCGGUUAGCCAACGACAGGAGUAGCAGUUUCGCACACCUGGCGGACUGAAUUCAAACCAGCACAAAUUAUUCAGCACCCUGUGAUCCUAUGUUAGACUUCAUUGGAGUGAAAGUAUGCUUCAAUGAGACAUUUGUAUUAAUUAUAAUCACGUGAGAGAUUAGUAUCAUAGAUUCUAUUCUCUGUUCCUUCAGUAUUUUGAUGUGUUUGUUCGUGCUCGCGCGCGUGUGUGUGUGUGUGAAAGAGAGAGAGUUCUGAUUUUAUGUAAAAGAAAAUAAUUACUUGUACACAUGUAUAUUAACAUUUAUGUUUACAUAUUAAUUUUUGUCCUCGCAAACAACGUACUCCUGUUAAAGAGACCGAAGUGGUACUUAAUGUAUGCUAAUUACUAUUUUGUAAAGGAUACUACCAGUUUAUUUUUAAGCAUCUGACCCAGUAAUUUCAUGCUGAACCGUGAUGCAUACAUUUUAAAAUAUACUCGUUAUAUUUUUGUUUAUGAGAGACUAAAGUUGCUGGAUUUAAUUUUGAUGAUUGGAGUAAUUAGAAUUUUUAGGUAUUGUGCUUAUCUCUAGGGCCUUAUUUUUAAUUAAUUUGCAUACUAUUUGGUUAUUGAUGAUUCAUAGUGUGUGCUCUAGAGACAAAGAGCCAAGUACAUUGUAAGAAUAAAUCCAUUAUACAACCUUUGAAGAGAGGACGACAUUGUCCAACAAAAUUUAUUGUAAAGGUUGGUAAUCCCAAGCUAGAAUUAAGAAUAAACCGUAUGUGUAUCCUCAUGUGCAUACAAAAAGGACAAUUCAUAUAUUUCCAAAAUUACAAAAUACGAAAAUAAAUCCUCAGAGACCAAUCGGCUCACUGUAUUUGAGUUGACAGAAACCAAUCAGCUUACAGUACGUGAGUUGUCAGAGACGAAAAAGGGUUACAUGUAACAAGAGACCAAUCAGAUCAACGGUACUUGUUGACUUGUCUGUUUGAAUGGUUUAAGAUUCCCCAUUAUUACAUAGUUCCAGAAUUUACUCUCUACCGGGGUGAUUACUAACAAAGGAAUAGAUGCCGUCAACAUAAGCAACAUUCUUAGUCAUAACAAAGAACUUGAUACCUUGUCAGAAUGGAUUAAAAGUAUAUUGAUUGAU